UGCGUCGUCCUCUUGGCUGCUGUAUAGAAUACCAUCCAUUUCCUUCAUAUCAGUUUUUCUUUCCUUACCCUCCCCUCUGUUCCUUUGUCAUUGAGUAGCCAUGUCCGUUUCGCAGAAUUCGUAUCAAGAUAUGUUUGAAUACAAGUCGAGGUCUGCCGAACCUGCGUACUCAGUAUGGGAUAGGUACGAGCGACUGGGGCAUCUCGGCAGCGGAGCCUAUGGCGACGUCUACAAAGCGCAACGUCGAAGCGACGGGUUCCUGGUCGCUAUCAAAACCGUCAAGUCCCCGCCCUCAAUUCCACCCGGCCUCAAGUCUUAUCCCGACGACGACAAGGAAAAUCACCGGCCCUUGACGGCUCAGAACAGAAUGCUGUCAGCGUACCGAACCAUGCCGUCUGUAUGUGAAGGCUACGCACUGGAUGUUAUAAGAGAGCUCACCCUAUUGAAAAGUCUGCGACACGUCAAUCUUAUCAGUCUUGUGGAUGUGUUUCACGAUAUGGGAAAGUCGAAAGCAUAUAUGGUUAUGGAAUAUUGUCCGACAACAUUACAAAGAGCUCUGAGGGAGGAGCCACAGGGAUUCGAGGUCGAAAGGACCAGGAGGUAUAUCUAUCAAAUUUUGGAAGGACUGAGAUAUUGCCAUGGGAACAAAGUUGCACAUCGGGAUCUGAAACCUGAAAACAUCCUCAUCACAGACGACGAUACCAUCAAGGUAGCCGACUUUGGCCUCGGCCGAGUCAUUACCUGUCCCGCCAAAGCUCUGAGUCCGGUGACUACAACCAUAUCAUACCGUGCUCCGGAGAUCUUCACGAAUUAUCGGCAUUACACAGUGGCAGUCGACAUGUGGAGUGCGGGAUGCGUGUUUGCAGAGAUGGUGAGAGGGAGGCCGAUGUUCCAAGGAGGAAGUGAAGCGUCGAUCAUGAUGGACAUAAGACGAAAACUCGGCGACCCGCGCCCAACAGACUUUCCAGAAAACUUCGCCUUCCCCGGCGUCUACAAAACAUCAAAAUCCGCAACCAACCUGCCUGCCCCACGCAGAUCCCUGGCUCCCUAUGUGAGCAAUGCCGGAGCGCAUCAGUUCCGCAGCCCUUUGCCCGAUGACGGGAUCAAUCUGCUGGAGGCAAUGCUCUGUUACGACAUGCACAAGCGCAUCGGAGCCACGACAGCGCUUACACAUCCCUUCUUCAAACAUCUCCAGCCACCACCUGCCCCACCAUCAACUAGAUCGGACUCUGACCCUCUGACGCUUGACGACCUCUCGCCGGAGAAUGUAGAUCUUGAGAGUGUGUCUCGAUAGCGGAGGAGUCAUAGGGGAACCCUGGACUCCCUUCUGUUCGGCGCCGCGUGUACAUACUUCUCGUGUAGCUGCCCCCACGGAUAUUGUAGAUAAUGCAUGUGGGGCGGAAUGAAUAUCAGCUUUUUGGUCAGACUCCUGCGGGUCGCCUUUCUUCGGGGUUCGUCCUGUUCGCCAAAACUCGGUCAAAGCUUCGCCAAAAAUUGCCAAAACUUUUGAUUGCAAUAUUAUAUUAGACGGUGUUGCAAUUGGCAAUCGGCGGCAUUUAAUUGCAUACGAAGCUACAGAAUGAACCGGCUCGCGUUCCCUACGCAGAGACUUCAGAGAUAACCCAUCGACUUUUUAUACUCCAUAUCCUCCGACGCAGUAAGCACGUCCUGCCCCGUCCAGGCCGAACUGGCGCGAGCACGAAACGGUUUCCGCUUCAUGCCCUCCUUGAAGACAUCUGCGACGAUGGAUA